AUGUCGGAUCCUCCAGACCGCUCCACCAAGAUCAACCUGCUGAAGGAGCAUACUUUGAAGACACUGUGCGACGUUUUGGAUAAAUCAAGCAAUAAUAAAGGAUGGCGAAAACUGGGAGAGAUUGUUGGCAAUGACAAGCGAUUCAAAGUCAGCUCAGACGAAAUGGAGAUGUGCUCGCUGAGGGUGCUGCAGGUGGAGGGGAGUCCAAGCCAUAUGCUGCUGAGGCUUCUUGGGGAGCGAGGCUGCACCGUGGCCCAUCUGACCGAGUACCUCCAAACCCUGGACAACACAGAGGCUCUGGACUGCCUCAAACCUCCAGCAUUGCAGAUUGUCAUUCAGCCCCAGUCUGUGGCUCUUGUGUCUGGGAACAACCUGCUCCUGAGCUGUCUGGCUGUGGCCAAAGGUCCAGUGGAGUACCAGUGGUUUAAGUCCAAAGAUGAGGUCCCCAACAGCUCUUUUCCAGAUCUUAUCAUUGGGCCUGUCCAUCCAGCAGAUGCAGGAUUUUACAUUUGUAGGGUCAACUGUGGAGAUGCCUUUGAAUUUAGCCAGUGGGCACAGGUGGAUGUCUUACAUUUUGCAACAGUAUACAGGCAAAGUUUGAGUUGUUUGGAAGGCCGGACCAGAGUGGUGAUCCAGCCUCAGCCACAGCAGCUGCACAUCGGAGAAACUCUUCAGCUCGAAUGUGGUGCUGUGGGGAAACCGAUCCCCCUCUAUCAGUGGUGUCGAAACAGAGUGCCAAUCCCUAACGCCAACAAAAGAACAUUCGUGAUUUCCCAAGUCAUGUUGGAGCAUCAUGGGAAGUACAGCUGUGAGAUCAGAAGUGGAAAUGACAAACUAUACACCAAUGAAGUUGAUGUAAUAAUAUCUCCCAGGAUUUCAGUCCAGAUUUCAGGGGCAAUGGAGUGUUCUGAAGAUGACAUGUAUGCAAUUGAAGACGAUUCCAGCGGAUUAUUUAUGAAUACUGUUCCGGAAAAGCUUAAUGCAACUGACAAAGUGGCCCUGCUGAUUGGGAACCUGUCCUAUCAGAAUCACCCUCAGCUGAAAGCUCCCAUGGUGGAUGUGUACGACCUCACAAACCUGUUACGGCAGCUCAACUUUAAGGUGGUUUCUCUGUUGGACCUCACCGAGUCAGAAAUGAGGAACGCUGUGGAUGAGUUCCUCCUACUACUACAUAAAGGAGUCUAUGGUCUGCUGUACUAUGCGGGGCAUGGUUAUGAGAACUAUGGAAACAGCUUCAUGGUUCCAGUGGAUGCACCUAACCCUUACCAUUCGGAAAACUGCCUCUGUGUGCAAAGCAUUCUUAAACUGAUGCAAGAGAAGGAGACUGGGCUUAAUGUAUUUCUGCUGGAUAUGUGCAGAAAAAGGAAUAUCCACGACGACAGCACUCCAAACGUUGUAUUGAGAGUCACGGCCAACAUUGUGUUUGGAUACGCAACUUGUCAAGAUGCAGAGGCCUUUGAGUUAAGCUCUCAUGGGUUGAUAAAUGGUGUGUUCGUGAAGUUCCUAAAAAAGCGGCUGCUUGACGAUGAGAAGAUCACUGUGGUGCUUGACAGAGUGGCAGAAGAUAUGGGUCAGUUUGAUGCCACAAAGGGGAAGCAGGCUCUGGAGAUUCGCAGCAGUCUGUCUGAGAGGAGGGCUCUGACUGACCCCAUCCUACCGUUUGAGAGUGACGCGCUGCACCACCACAGCCAGCACUGGGCCAAAGCUCACGAGCUUCCUGAGAGCAUGUGUCUGAAUUUUGACUGCGGAGCUCGGAUCAAGUUGGGUUUUGCUGCAGAGUUUUCUAAUGUGCUUGUCAUUUACACUCACAUUAUCAAGAAACCAGAAGACGUAUCCCUCUGCCAGGCCCAUGUUACUGACUUUUCACCCAAUCUAGAUGUUGAUCCCAAAGAGAUGAACCGUGAGACUCCAGAGGAAACGGGCAUCUACCUUCUGUCGAGCAGUCUUCCGGAGCAUUGCUUGUACACAAGGAUAAGCUCCUUGCAGAAGCUCAAGGAGGAGCUUGUUUUUACCGUAUGUCUUCAGGGCACUUUUACCACAAUGGAGGAUGAGCCCAUCUACUGGACUAAGAGUGUUAACAUUAGCAAACCACUGAUCGCUCGCCUGGACCUGCACCGGGACAUGCAGAGGAACAGCUGCCUACAGACCUGUCCUAUGCCCCACAGCCCCUGCCACAGCCCCAGCCCGGACCACUACCUCCACUGCGGCCCCCAACACCAGGUACUCGACCAAAACUGCCUGUCGCCUCUGCUACGCUGGCAGGGCAGUUGUGUGCAGGGAGCAUGCGCACUCGGAGGAGGGGAGUCUUAUAAUGAAAACAUGAGCCUGCCCUGCCCCAGCUCUCCACUUAGGAGCAGUAUCCCCAUAGAAGCCAGUGACGACAUCACCGAGCUGCAGACUGUCUUCAUCAACAGCCUCCAGCUACAGCAACAGUGA